AGGGAACGGUCUUAGGGCUCCUUAGGGGAGCCCAGGGAAGGGGAGCGUGGCCCCCAGGCGUGCGGCCCUGCAGCCCCCUCCCCUCAGAACCCCGGAAAGCAGCCGUGUCCGCGCUUCCUGCCAAGGGUGGGAGGCCCGCCCGAGCCGCUCCGAGCCUGACUCCGCGCAAGGGCCCGCGGGCGGACCUCUUGGCCUUGUCUCUCGUGGGAAAAGACUGCCCCAGCCUCCCUUUGUUCAACCCACGAGGGUUCUAAAGGGGAGGUCUUUGCAGUCCUGCCCGCUCUUGGGUUCUCUUGAAGAUUCUUCAUCCUUUACUCUGGCUCCCUUAUGAGGGAAACUAUAAAAAGACCAUACUCUGCCUCCUUAAAAAUCGACGAGACCUUCUGCAGACCUCGGUGCUCUGCCUGAUGUGCAUUUGAUUUGUAUCGAUUGUAUCAUGAUCUGCAUGGCUUUGCAUAGAAUGACCAGAUUUUCAAAGAAGUCAAUACAGGGUUUGGAAAUUGAGUACUUUUGGCAGAAGAAGGGGGUUCCUGUGGCUCCAAGUGUCCAUGCCUCUGCCCCGGUCAUUCCAUUUCAUGGCAGUCAUCACACAGGAGAACAUUGUAAUGCCUCCUGCUCGAGACUGAAGAUUAAGGUCUUCGCAAAGGGAACCUGCAGAAGGACACAGAAUUAAGACGUAGGAACUCCGUGGUGCCCUUCGCCCCUCUUCCCCUUCCAGUUGUGUCCUGAAAUUCUAAAUGAUUGGAAACUUUUAUAGUGUUCACGUUUAAGACUCUCAUACUACAGAGUAGAGGAAGGAGCGGGUGUGCAGAGUGGGUGAUGCUUCAGAUUAAAACUAAAGAGUUGAUUGAAAAUUCAAGUCUGGAACUCGAGAGAGUUAAGAACUAUAAGUCAGUAAGUUGCAAGUAUGGGUGAGAUUGUCUAGGGAAAGGCUCUUUGAAGGGGCGUCCCUAAUGGAAUAUCAAUAUUAAGGGCAGGCCAAAGGCCCUCUAAAGAAAACAGGAACUGGGUAGGCAGAGAGAAGACUCCCAAAGAAUGCUGUCAUGGAAACCAGAGGAAGAGAACGAUUUAAGGAGCGAAUACUACUGGUAAACUAAUGGAAGAAAUCUGCUGCACCACUGGAUAUUGGGAGUGUGUGGCAUGCAUCCUCAUCAUCAGGAAACUCUAAAAAAGAACAGAGUGGUGCUAGCCAAACAGCUGUUGUUGAGCGAAUUGUUAGAACAUCUUCUGGAGAAGGACAUCAUCACCUUGGAAAUGAGGGAGCUCAUCCAGGCCAAAGUGGGCAGUUUCAGCCAGAAUGUGGAACUCCUCAACUUGCUGCCUAAGAGGGGUCCCCAAGCUUUUGAUGCCUUCUGUGAAGCACUGAGGGAGACCAAGCAAGGCCACCUGGAGGAUAUGUUGCUCACCACCCUUUCUGGGCUUCAGCAUGUACUCCCACCGUUGAGCUGUGACUAUGACUUGAGUCUCCCUUUUCCGGUGUGUGAGUCCUGUCCCCUUUACAAGAAGCUCCGCCUGUCGACAGAUACUGUGGAACACUCCCUAGACGAUAAAGAUGGUCCUGUCUGCCUUCAGGUGAAGCCUUGCACUCCUGAAUUUUAUCAAACACACUUCCAGCUGGCGUAUAGGUUGCAGUCUCGGCCUCGUGGCCUAGCACUGGUGUUGAGCAAUGUGCACUUCACUGGAGAGAAAGAACUGGAAUUUCGCUCUGGAGGGGAUGUGGACCACAGUACUCUAGUCACCCUCUUCAAGCUUUUGGGCUAUGACGUCCAUGUUCUAUGUGACCAGACGGCACAGGUACCUGAGGAAAUGCAAGAGAAACUGCAGAAUUUUGCACAGUUACCUGCACACCGAGUCACGGACUCCUGCAUUGUGGCACUCCUCUCGCAUGGUGUGGAGGGCGCCAUCUAUGGUGUGGAUGGGAAACUGCUCCAGCUACAAGAGGUUUUUCAGCUCUUUGACAACGCCAACUGCCCAAGUCUACAGAACAAACCAAAAAUGUUCUUCAUCCAGGCCUGCCGUGGAGAUGAGACUGAUCGUGGGGUUGACCAACAAGAUGGAAAGAACCACGCAGGAUCCCCUGGGUGCGAGGAGAGUGAUGCCGGUAAAGAAAAGUUGCCGAAGAUGAGACUGCCCACGCGCUCAGACAUGAUAUGCGGCUAUGCCUGCCUCAAAGGGACUGCCGCCAUGCGGAACACCAAACGAGGUUCCUGGUACAUCGAGGCUCUUGCUCAAGUGUUUUCUGAGCGGGCUUGUGAUAUGCACGUGGCCGACAUGCUGGUUAAGGUGAACGCACUUAUCAAGGAUCGGGAAGGUUAUGCUCCUGGCACAGAGUUCCACCGGUGCAAGGAGAUGUCUGAAUACUGCAGCACUCUGUGCCGCCACCUCUACCUGUUCCCAGGACACCCUCCCACAUGAUGUCACCUCCCCAUCAUCCACGCCAAGUGGAAGCCACUGGACCACAGGAGGUGUGAUAGAGCCUUUGAUCUUCAGGAUGCACGGUUUCUGUUCUGCCCCCUCAGGGAUGUGGGAAUCUCCCAGACUUGUUUCCUGUGCCCAUCAUCUCUGCCUUUGAGUGUGGGACUCCAGGCCAGCUCCUUUUCUGUGAAGCCCUUUGCCUGUAGAGCCAGCCUUGGUUGGACCUAUUGCCAGGAAUGUUUCAGCUACAGUUGAAGAGCCUGACAAGUGAAGUUGUAAACACAGUGUGGUUAUGGGGAGAGGGCAUAUAAGUUCCCCAUGUUUGUGUUCAGUUCCAGCUUUUGUAGAUGGCACUUUAGUGAUUGCUUUUAUUACAUUAGUUAAGAUGUCUGAGAGACCAUCUCCUAUCUUUUAUUUCAUUCAUAUCCUCAGCCCUUUUUGUCCUAGAGUGAGAGUUUGGAAGGUGUCCAAAUUUAAUGUAGACAUUAUCUUUUGGCUCUGAAGAGGCAAACAUGACUAGAGACGCACCUUGCUGCAGUGUCCAGAAGCGGCCUGUGCGUUCCCUUCAGUACUGCAGGGCACCCAGUGGAAGGACACUCUUGGCUCGUUUGGGCUCAAGGCACCGCAGCCUGUCAGCCAACGUUGCCUUGCAUUUGUACCUUAUUGAUCUUUGCCCGUGGAAGUCUCAAAGAUCUUUCGUUGGUUGUUUCUCUGAGCUUUGUUACUGAAAUGAGCCUCGUGGGGAGCAUCAGAGAAGGCCAGGAAGAAUGGUGUGUUUCCCUAGACUCUGUAACCACCUCUCUGUCUUUUUCCUUCCUGAGAAACGUCCAUCUCUCUCCCUUACUAUUCCCACUUUCAAUCAACCUGCACUUCAUAUCUAGAUUUCUAGAAAAGCUUCCUAGCUUAUCUCCCUGCUUCAUAUCUCUCCCCUCUUUACCUUCAUUUCAUCCUGUUGGCUGCCACCAAAUCUGUCUAGAAUCCUGCUUUACUGGAUCAUGUAAAUGCUCAAAGAUGUAAUGUAGUUCUUUGUUCCUGCUUUCUCCUUCAGUAUUAAACUCUCCUUUGAUAUUAUGUGGCUUUUAUUUCAGUGCCAUACAUGUUAUUUUUUUCAACCUAGAAACCUUUAUCCCUGCUUAUCUGAAACUUCCCAACUUCCCUGUUCUUUAAGACUUUUUUUUUUUUUUGAGACGGAGUCUUGCUCUGUUGCCCAGGCUGGAGUGCAGUGGCGCUAUCGCAGCUCACUGCAACCUCUGCCUCCCAGGUUCACGCCAUUCUCCUGCCUCAGCCUUCCAAGUAGCUGGGACUACAGGCGCCCGCCACCGUGCCCGGCUAAUUUUUUUGUAUUUUUAGUAGAGACAGGGUUUCACCAUGUUAGCUGGGAUGGUCUUGAUCUCCUGACCUCAUGAUCCACCCACCUCAGCCUCCCAAAGUGUUGGGAUUACAGGCGUGAGCCACUGCGCCCGGGCAAGACCUUUUUUUAAAAAACAAAACCAAAAAAAAACUUCCAUUCUUUCUUCCUCCAGUCUGUUCUCCACGUAACAGUAGUUUUGGUUUUUAAUUUUUUUUUUUUGGUUGUUUGGUGUUUUUUGUUUUUUAAGGUGAGUUCUCACUAUGUUUCUCAGACUGGUCUCAAACUCCUGGCCUCAAGCCAUCUUCCCGCCUCAGCCUCUCAAAUAGCUGGGCCUACAGGCAUGAGCCACCACACCUGGCCAGAUUUUGGUUGUUUAAAUAUAAAUCUGAUCACCCCCCUGCUUAGAACCCUUCUGCUUUCUAUUACCCCUCAUUUAAAAUGUAAACUCUUCACCUUGGUUUAUGAGAACUGGUUCUUGCCUUCCCCGUGAACCUCAUUAAAUGGUGAUUUCUUGCUAAGCUCCAGCCCGAGUGGUCUCCUCUCAGCUUCUAAUUUUGUGCUCUUUCCGGCCCUUUUCCUGGGCCUUCUCAGCUCUCCACCCCCACCACUCUUGACUCAGGUGGUGUCCUUAUUCCUCAAGUCUUGACAAUUCCUGGGCCCUUCAGUCCCUGAGCAGUCUACUUCUGUGUCUGUCACCACAUCUUGUCUUUUCCCCUCAUUGCAUUUAUUGCAGUUUAUAUGUAUGCUACUUUUACUUGUUCAUUUCUGUCUCCCCUACCAGGCUGUAAAUGAGGGCAGAAACCUUGUUUGUUUUAUUCACCAUCAUGUACCAAGUGUUUGGCACAUAGUGGGACUUCAGUAAAUGUUUGUUGAAUAAAAGAGGGAAGAAGGCAAGCCAACCUUAGCUACAAUCCUACCUUUUGAUAAAAUGUUCCUUUUGACAAUAUACACGGAUUAUUAUUUGUACUUUGUUUUUCCAUGUGUUUUGCUUUUAUCCACUGGCAUUUUUAGCUCCUUGAAGACAUAUCAUGUGUGAGAUAACUUCCUUCACAUCUCCCAUGGUCCCUAGCAAAAUGCUAGGCCUGUAGUAGUCAAGGUGCUCAAUAAAUAUUUGUUCUAUGAGCUGGGUGGUUUGAAGCCUUGCUGCCAAGUCCUGCCUUUGGGUCGACAUACUAUGGAAGUAUUUGAGAGAGAGAACCUUUCCACUCCCACUGCCAGGAUUUUGUAUUGCCAUCGGGUGCCAAAUAAAUGCUCAUAUUUAUUACUGA